UAAAGAUUCACAUUCAUUCAUUCUUUAUUAUUAUUAUACGAGCAAAGUGGUUGAACGAUCAUCAUCAUCAUUCUAAUUCGUCUGUUUUGUUCGGCUUUAUGUAUAUAUUCAAUUCAAGUGUGUUUUAUUGUGCUGUAUGCUGUUUCAUCAUUGUCAACGAUUAUCCGGUGUCUAUGCGAUUCAUACGAGUAUUGGAUUUGUGAUUCAUAAAAUUUUUUUUUUUUUUGAAAAUUUUUAAACCAAAUAUACAAUAAUAUAAUGGCACAACGAAAGAAAACAUCAACAUUAACCGAAUGGUUUUAUAUUGCUCUUUUGAUGACGGCCAUACGACCACCACCAGAUCAUCAUCAAUUGUCAUCAUUAUUACCUUAUCGGCGAUCAUUAUUAUUACCAAAUUAUCACCAUUUUGGUAUCGAUAAUAAUCAUAAUGGACCGAUUAGUGUUGAUAAUUUCUAUCAUCAUGAUGAUAUACAUUUAAAUGAUUAUUCACAUGAUCAACAUUUUCGUACAAAAUCUUCGAUAUUAUUAAGAGAAACAUUGAAUAUACUUGAUGAUUUAAAUUCAUUAGGUAGAUAUUCAAAUCCCCAUAAUCAUCUGGAUCAUCAUCAUAGUUCAAAUUUAAUUGCAUUCCCCGUUAGCGGCGGAUUUUCUUCCAAUGUAUUCAUCAAACAGGAAAAUGAUGAUGAUGUUUGUAAUAAUAAUCAAUUAUUAUCGUCAUCAAAUGUUAAUGUAAAUUCAAUCAAUAAUGAUGACAAUAGUUCACCAUUAUCAAUUGAUCCAGAUAUUUUAAAUCAAAUAGAUUUUGAGCUACAAAAUUGUCCAUUCAAUGAUGAUACAAUAUGGCCCAAUCUUAAUGAUGAUCCAUUGAUCGAAGCUGAAGAUUAUUCGUCAUUAUUCAAUAAUAAUAAUGAUGAUGACCGACAACCGGAUAGAUUGACAAUUGACAAAAAUGAAAAUAAUGAAGAAAAAUCUAAUGAAAAUGAUCUACAACAACAACAACAACAACAAGAACAACAAGUGGAAAUCAUUGAAAACAAUAUCGACAAUAAUAAUAAUGUGGAUGAAUCAACAUUGGAUGAAUUUCUACUCGAUGAUGAUGAUGAUCAAAUUUUACCUAUUCUUGGUUCCGGUGAUAAUGGUGAUGUUAAUGAUCUAUUUGAUGAACUUGAAUUAUUAUUAUCGAAUGAAACCGAUUCAUAUGGUAAUCAUCAUAACGAAUGGUCAUCAUAUAAUGGAUAUCAAGCGAAUCCAAUUACAACAAUCGCUACAGAUGAAAAUGGUCCCGAAUAUCCGAUUUAUGAUGUUACACAAAAUUGUAAUCUCUAUGAACAAAGUUCCAACGGUCAACUUCUCAAUAAUUGUUCCGGGCAAUAUUAUUGCAAUAAUAAUAACAGCAAUAACACAAAUGAAAAUGGUCACAACAAUUUAAGUGCCGUACUUUAUUCUUCCUUAACAACACUGUCCAAUGGUCAAGAUCAUCAUUUGAAUUCAGAUUUGUCUUAUAAUGGUUUCAAUAAUGGUGUUGCUAUCAGUGAUGCCGGUACUUAUAUGAGCAAUGUAUCAUUUCCAACCAAUAAUUCCGUACCGGAUUGUUUCUAUAAUGGCUAUUUAGAUGAAUAUAAUUAUCCAUCAGAUAUCAAUCAACAUGGACAGAAUUUUGAAUAUAAUUCAUUAUCUACAAUUCCUACACAGUCCACACCUACUACCUCAACACCUGUAUCACAAAACUUACUCAAUACUAAUAACGAUCAUGAACAACAACAAAAAUUCGUCCAUACAAACACAGAAGAUUGUUUCGAUAAAAGUAGUGAUUCAGCUGUAUCAUCAAUGAGUUCUGAUCGUGUUCAUUCAUUAUCGGAUAAUGAUUUGAUUGAUACUUCAUCAGAAUCUUCAUCAUAUAAUUGUGAAAUGAAUAAUCUAUCCGGUGGUAAUAAUAAUAAUAAUGAUAAUAAUAAUAAUAAUUCGGCUGCAAAGAAAAAAUAUCGCCUUUUUGGUAAAAACAGUAUUAGCAGUAGUAAUACUAGUAUGAAUACCAAUGAUGAUAGUAGUAAUAAAAAUGAUGAAGGCAAAAAUAUCGUACAAUUGACCGAUUAUUAUGGUGAAUAUCCCCCAAUGAACUAUCUUUAUUCAAAUUCUGCACCAUAUUCAAUGAUUGAUUCGAAUGGAAUUGGCCACUAUAAUUCAAUCAAUUAUUAUCCAACAACUGCUGUACAACAUAAUCAUACAUAUGCUCAAUUGCCUAAUAAUAAUGAACCAAUACAUUCUUCGAUAGCUAGUACAAAUGUGUCCUGUUCAUCUUCGAAUGAUUGGAUUAAACAAGAAAAUAUUGAAAAUGAUUCACAGAAUGAAAAUGUGCUCAAUAGUAAACAAAAAUCAAAUCGUCAUUCGAAACAACGUGCCGAUAGUAUCAGUAGCGAUACAGAACAUAAUCAUUUUAAUCGUGAUGAAAAAAGAGCUCGUGCUUUAAAUAUUCCUAUAUCAACUGAAGAUAUUAUCAAUUUGCCUAUUGAUGAAUUCAAUGAAAGAUUGACUAAAUAUGAAUUGACUGAAAUUCAAUUAUCACUUAUUCGUGAUAUACGAAGGCGAGGUAAAAAUAAAGUUGCAGCUCAAAAUUGUCGCAAACGUAAACUAGAUCAAAUAAUGGGAUUACAAUCCGAAGUGGACACUAUGUAUAAUCAAAAAGAUUCCCUUGAAAAUCAAUAUAAUCAAUUAUUAAUGGUUCGCGAAAUGGCUCGAGAUAAAUAUAAUAAACUCUAUCAUUUUGUUGUCGAAGCAUCAUCGUCAAGGCAAACAUUUCUUGAAUUAUCAUCUAGUCCACCGGAUUUUCCUUUAAAAGAUUCAUCAUCUAACGAGAUCCAAAUCAAUGGUAAUUCAACCAAUGGAUUUAUCGUGACUAAUACUACUGUAACGACGACGACUACACCACCGGUUCCCAUUUCAUCAUAUGGUAUCGAUGAAUUUGAUGAUCAACAAAAACAACGAUAGAAAUAUAGUUGAGCAUUUUUUUCUUUUAGAAUUCUUUUCAAAUUUUCUAUCCAAUUUAUUUAGCAAUUUUUGGUUUAUACGUAUACGUAUAUUGCAUUGUUUUGAUCGGCUUGAGCAUCAAAAUUUUUAAUGCGGCUUGGAAAAAAAAUGAAUAUAUUCUAUUUCAUUGUGAUAUUUUCUUUCGACACUAUAUAUACUCCUAUAGUUUCCUUAAUUUUCCCACAAAAAAAACAAACAAACGCAAAUUUGUAGUUGUAUUAUAAAUUUCUCAAAAUGCUUGGUCAUUUUCCUCCUACUACUCCUACUCCUACUCCUCAUCAUCAUCAUCAACAUCAUCAUCAUCAUUAACAUCAUCAUUUGUAAAUAGUUUUAUUUUGAAAAAUCAACUCACAUACACAUACACAUAUACAAAUUAUGUCACAUAAUCUCUAUAUAUUGUAAGCUUUAAUUGAUCCAAUUUCUCCAACACACCCACAUCCACACACCCACACACUUAUAUUUACGAAAAUAUUUUCUGAAAAAUUGUAAUUGUAAUAUAUAUAUAUAAAACAAAUAAUAAGUUUCUAGGUAA